AUGGCAGUGGGUGGUUAUGGUGGUAACCCUAUUGGUGGUAACAGGCGCGCAGGUAACCCCAGAGGCGGCAGCUCUGGUGCGGCUGCAGCAGCAGCGGCUUUCCCCAAGUCCCAGUCCACCCCUGGCGGGCCAAGAGACUCGGCUGUAGCAGCUACAGGCAGGAGGGGCAGGAGGGAUAGCAGUGGCGGCAGCAGCAGUGGCGGAAGCAGGAGAGGAAGCAGGGGAGGAGGGGGGGAGAGCGGUGCAAGUGGAGGGGGGUAUGAGGAGGGGUGGGUGAGAGAAACGCACAGUGAAGGGGAGGAAUUUUCAGAAGGGGAAGAGGAGGAGGAAGAGGAGGAAGAGGAGGAGGAGGAAGAGGGGGAGGGGGGGGAGGAGGAAGAGGAGGAAGAGGAGGAGGAAGAGGGGGAGGAAGGGGAAGGGGAGGAGGAUGAUGAUGUGUAUUACGAGUCCAAGGUGUUGGGGGAUGAGCCCAUCUCAAGGCGACGAGUGGUGGAGCUGCUAGAUCAGAUGGACGCGUUCAUCGAGGAGGGGCCGCACUGCAAGCUGGACGAGUACCUGCCCGCCAUUGACCUGCUGUUGACGAGUGCAAUGGACGCGUUCAUAGAGGAGGGGCCGCACUGCAAGCUGGACGAGUACCUGCCCGCCAUUGACCUGCUGCUGAGCGUGAGAGCGCUGCUGCUGGAGGCCCGUGACAAGGAGACCGGGCGGCGCGCGGACGGCAUGCUUCGGCGGGCCAUGGAGGACCUGGAGUACGAGUUCAGAGACAUCCUGUCGAGGCGGAGCCAGCAGGCAUCCACGCGAUUCACAGUCGACACUCUCUCUCGCAUCUUCCACCGCAACUUCUACCCCCCUGCCGCCACCACCACCGCCGCUGCUGCAGCUGCUGCUGCCGCAACCAGCAGCGUCAGCACCAGCAGCAGCUCCCCUGAGAGCGGCGUGACAGGGGGUACCAGUGCUAGCAGCAGCAGGAACAGCACAGGGGGGGUGGGAGGUGGCGGAGGGGGCGCAGGGGAGGGUGGUGUUGGCGGGGAGGGGAUGGGGGGGUUGGAUGAGGGGGAGUUGGAGGAUGCGGAUUCGCUGCAUGUGCUGCCGGAGAUUGCCGCCCGGUGGUUGAACCAGACGGCCGCCCGGCUGGUGGCGGGAGGGGAGAGCGUGCGCUGCGUGGAGGCCUUCAGGUCGGUGCGGGUGGACAGCCUGAAAGGCGCGCUGCAGCGGCUGGAGAGCGAGCGGCCGUGGAUGGUGACAGCAGGGCAGAUCGCAGACAUGCCAUGGGCGGAAUUAGAGCCGCUGAGCAAGCAGUGGACUCAGGACAUGUACAUUCUGGGUCGUCUGCUGCUGGGCAUGGAGAGGAGGACAGCAGCGGCUGUGUGGCGAGGCAUGCAGGUGCACGAGCGAGGGGCGCUGAGGGCCAUUCUGGAGGACAGUGGCAUGGGCAAGCGCAUAGCUGAGCACGCCUUGAUCCUCCGCGCCAUCAUCGCUCGUAACCUGCCCGAGCAGCUCUUCUCGCUGCUCGAUGCUUUUCGGGCUGCCCAAGAAGUCAUGCCAGAGCUAUCCGCCACGAUCAACCUUCUCAAGAUGGAAGCGGUGUGGCCAGCCUGCCAGCACCUCCCGCUGCUCAUCGCGCGGGCCGUGGCCGACACAUUCGACCGCUUCAAAGCCCUCCUCGAGACCUCCACUAAGUCCGCCCAGGCCAUGGCUGCUGCUGCCCCGCCCCUCUCCUCCUCCUCCUCCGCUUCCCCCUCCCCCUCUGCAUCUGGUGCUGCUGCUGCCUCUGCUGCUGGGGAGGCAGUGGGCGGUGGAGGAGGGGAGGGUGGGGAGGGGGAAAAGAAGGCUUCACUCGCAAAGCUGUUCAGAAUGCCGUUCCUGGGUCGCAACGCGAGCACCACAUUGGCAUCGCCAGCAGCAGAGGAGAGCACUCAGGACGUCAUGCCGCCAGGGGGAGUAGUUGACCCAAUCACCAGCUACGUGGCCAACUAUAUCCGCAGCUACAUGCGCCGCUAUCUCGACGUGCUCGCCUCGCUCUUCCACCUGCUGGAGGAGCCUUUGAUGUCUCUCACAGCUUCACUCAUCCCGUGGUUCCUUUCCCCUCACCCCCCUCCACCCCACAGAGUGCCCUCCACCCACAACAGCUACCUGGAUGUGCUGGCCUCGCUCUUCCACCUGCUGGAGGAGCAAGGAGCAGCGAGUGACGAGGAGGAGGAGGAGGCGGAUGGGGACGGAGAGAAGGAGGGCGGCAAAGGGAGCAAGUCGAAGGGCGAUGGGAAGGCCGCAGGCGGCGGGAAGGCGGCGGGUGGGAAGGGGGACAGCGGGAAAGAUGGUGGGAAAGACGGUGGGAAGGCUGGGGAUGGGAAGUGGAGGCGGGGGGGAGGGCAGCAGCACGCGGGGCGGAGUGCGGAGAGUGAGACGGCGCACCUGCUGAGCGCGCUGGUGGUGAAUCUGGAAGCACGCGGUGGGCUGUAUCGCGAGGAAGAGCUGCAGCACCUGUUCCUCAUGAACAACACGCACUACCUCGUGCAGUCCGCCGCUGACUGGUAUCGCUGGCAUGUCGACAGCCUCAACCACCCGCUCUCACAAGCUCGCAAGGAGGGCGCGAGGGACCUAACAGCAGCCAUGGCGGAUCUGAGGGACGGCCACAUCGUUCAACUGCACGCCACGGCCUUCCAGAGCCGCGCGCUGGCUGCCGUCAUGGCAGCACUCACAGAUGAGCCUCCCCGAGGCACACCUGACUCUGUCAAGCUCAGGCUCAACAGGUUGCGGAAGUUCAAUAUGGCGUUUGAGGCGCUGGUGGCGCGGCAGCGGCGGUGGUGCAUUCCCGAUGAGGAGCUGCGGAGGAAGACCCGCGCCAAGUGGUCCACGGUGCUGCGCGAGCGAUACCGCAAGAUGCUGCUGCCCUUCUGGGAUGACUUGACUUCAAGUAAGCUGUUUGUGUACACUCCCGAAAGCAUCGAGGCGACAAUUUCAGAGUCAUUUUUUAUAGGCCCAAGCAGUUAG